UUGUCAAACCAAGUUUUCCAAAGUAAAAUGAAAAUUAUAAGUAUUACAUUACAAAUUAUAAUAUGGUAUCAGUCACAGUGUUUCGUCAUCCAGAUUAGGUUGUUCGUUUGCAGGGAUUAGUGAAUAAUCACCUUCAUUUCCAGACGUGGAUUAAGGCUUUCAUUUUUACACGUUAUCGAAUUGGAAAUUGCGGCGUCUGUUGUGAUUCUAGGUGCUUCAGCUGCUGGUUUAGAGAUCAUUCCUGCAACGACAGGUUUCGGGACUCGAAACAGUUGUGCUUAUUCAUUGCUCACCAUGGCAGAAUCCUUUCUCGUGGCAAAAGAACUGCAUGCAAUGGUAUCAGUGUCAACCUUCGGAGGCUCACGCUUGUAUUCAACUCGGAAAGAUACAGUGGUGUUCGGUUGCUCAAGAUAGGAAAACAUGUCAAUGACAAUAGUGCUCUGGUUUGGAUGAUCACCUUGUGUCACCGAUACACAGAUCCUGUGCACCCUUCAGAAGAUGUGAGGCCUGAGCAUUCAGGAAGCUCCGCAUAAGACGCGGUCCAGCUGCAGAUGCAAAGAGAUAUCAUGCACAAGCCUUACCACAUCUCCCAGUCAUUGGGUGCACAUCAUUCGAAUCCCAUUGCAGAUAUGUCCUGCUUAAUAUUCCUUCCACAUUGCAGAUGAGUCGCUAGGAUUUGCAGACGAACUGCUGCCUUGGCAGUCACGAAGGAGAUCAUCGACGGUUGGAUCUGGUAUCCUAUAUUUAGUUCAAACCCGUGUAGAUCCAACCUCAAUGAAACGUUGACUCGCCUUGGAGGUGUUCAUGGAUCUGGCGAAUUGUCACGACGUUUUAGGGCAUGGCGACUUCGAUGAUGAUGGCCACUGUCUUCACGCUUCUCAAGUUAGAGUUGCAUGCAACAAAGAAAUGCACGAUGCUUUCGACAUUAGCGUAUGGGCAAUGGAAGUCAUCGAACUCAUACUGGACAGAGCAGUUUGGCAGCCGCCUAAAUUCUCAACCCUCGACCGAUACCUUCAUCAUCAAUAUGAAACCCUUAAUUCCGGAUGGACCGAUUUCGACGAAGAUGGAAAACCACGUGCAGAUGCUCCCUGGCUAGAGGAGGAUCGUAUCUCCAGAAAUCCCAAUCCAAAGCCCACGUUCAACCAAGUCGAAGGAACGAUCACCGCGGCUAAGAAGAAGCAGUCCAGGGGCUGGAGGAGCACGAAAACGUCUUCGAACAGAGAGCGAAAUCUCUACAUCGAGACCAAUUCUAUGAUCAGCAGUAUGCAGAAACAGCGCCGAGACCAUGGAAGAACCCUCCCUGUCUUCCGCGACGAGCGGUUCGGGAAGCUUCCACUCUUUAUGGAUGUGGUGCCGCGCUUGAAAAGCCACUUCUAUCCGAUGGUUGUGAGGGACGAUGUCUCCAAGCAAGAAAUGCACAUAAACUUCAAUGUGGAGAUACAAGACUUCACGACCCUCUCCGAGUUCUUAAAACAUAAACAUCGUAAACGUCUGGCUGAUUUUAAUAAACUGCCGAAACAGAUUUGCAACUAACCUCCCUGCUCACCGUCCACACUCAGACAGAUCUACAUCUAGUACUCCUUGUUAUUCCAACACCGAAUGUGAGCAGGUACUUUCUAAGUUCCAACCAACAUGAGAGCGUUCGACAUCACAAGUCUGAUUAUCUACCAUGAGGAGCUGUCAAUCAUCUUACAAAUCCCCAAUUUAAUCUAAACAUUUAGAAGAGUUUCGAGAACGGAAAGCAUGAAACACGAGGUCAAAACCCAGAGCACAACACAGUCUGUGAACAGGAUUUGGUGCUCCAUGUGAUGACUUCUCAGCAACCGAAGUUGACGCAGACAGAGCUACUGCAGACACAAGAUUUGGUUUCUCACCAUUCACGAGUCAAUAACGCCCCGACAGCUGCAAAAGCAGCUUGGUCUGAACGCCUGUAGUGGAAGCAUGGACAGUGUUUGCUAAAAGGUUUUGGGAUUCUUCACUCCAGAAUGGCAACAGUCGAUCGUUUCACAGCUGCAUUCGGGCGGAGUCCAGGUGCUUCCAUAUCUCAUGUGAACAAGAGUGUGUCGAUCCCAAUCACACUGAAAAAAAUUUGUGCAUGGUUAGUAAACUUGCAGUUUGGCGAUGGGGGCAUGCAAAGCUUCGGCUGUGAGACUUUGGAAGUUCUCUUCAUCAUGGAAGUCUCAUUGUGGUCUAUAUAUUAAUAUGGGUAU